CACGGGUCGAGUCUGUCUCAGCAGGCUCCGAUGUAUCGGAUUCCGACGUUCCAGAUACACCUGGCCGCGCCUCUGCUAACAUCGACGACAUAAAAAUCGCGUCAGGAGCAUUACCCGACCUCGUCAGAAUUACCGAGGGGAAGGAAGUUAAGGCCCAACCGCGGCUAACGCAUCCUCAGAACGAUAGUACUCUGAAGCAUCCUUUUCUACUGAAGGGAAAAGUAGAAGCCAAGGAUAUUCGUUCUCUCAACAAGGAUGAUGCGAAGAUCGCGGUAGCUCCUCUAAGGAACAAGAGGACGAGAAGAGCCAAGGCGAGGAGGGCAUGUCCUCACAUUUGGAUCGGCUCCCAAGUAGUGACUCAUCCCACCUUGUCACAUCUGCGCAGCGCGACUCGGUAGAAUUUGUGAAACGCCUUGACACCGUA